AUGUUCAAAGCAACUCCUGCCAAAAAACCAGCGGCUGCAGCCCCACCUCUGGGAUGUACCCUGGAUAUCAACGACCCCCAGGUCCAGAGCAUGAAUCGCAUCCAGGCUUCUUACCAGGGCCACAGGUCCCGAAAGGAGCUGCGCGAGAAGGGACCGCCGCGGGUGCUGCAGCCGCUGAAAGACGUGGUGCUGAUCGAGGGCACUGCGGCCAAGCUGGAGCAAGGACGGCAGGAGCUGUGCUACGGUCCCAAGUACCGCUAUGUCUUCGAGGACCCUGACGUAGUGGCACUGGUGGUGCGCGACCGUGAGCUGGCAGACCUGGGCCAGUACAGCAUCAACGUAACCAGCCUUGGCCAGUGCUCCGACUCGGCGCACAUCCUCGUGGAAGUCCUGGCGAAGUUUCGAAAGGGACCUGCCAACACUAAAGUGCGCAAAGGUGCCACGGUGACGCUGACUGCGGAGAUCGUGGGCGAGCCAGCGCCUAACGUUGGCUGGGCCAAGGACAGGGGCGACAUCGAGGAGGAUGACCGGGUGCUGUUCCGUGUCGGCAGUACCACCACGGUGACCAUUCGCCGGGCCACGCCCGAGGACAGCGGCAAGUACGAGGUGUACGUGGACAACAGCCUGGGCAUGGACCAGAGCUUCGCUCGCGUGGACGUGGCCUGAAAGGGACCCUCAGACUUUUCACCCUGGCUCCAAGCUCGGGGGUGGGUGGGACUGACGACCGUCCUCCAUC